ACGAGCAGCCGAUGAACACGGCCACUCAACUCAUCACGAGUACCGCCUGAGCAGCGGAGCCGCGGACACCACCACAUCACACCUCCACCUCCACCUCCACCUCCACCGCCUCCGCCGUCGCCGCCAAUAUAAGCGACAGCUGCAGGAGGGCCCCGCAGUUGAAACCGCCAGCCGUUCCAUCCCACCCUCCUCCCCGUCCCCGGUCCGGCCCCCACCUCAAUUCCACACCCCGCGGCGCGGCCCUCGCCGCGGGGCGCCUGCGCCCGAAGGCCAAAACCCUAGCUCUUCCCCCCUCGAAGCACCGCGAGGCCGCGGUACUCGCCGCCGCGCGCUCGCCUACGGUCACCUCGACGACGCCCAGCUCGCGCGCCGCGGCUGUUCCGCCAUGGACGAGCCCGAGGGCGUGAGGGGGAGAGAGGACGCGGCGCCGGGCCGCGAGGCCGGCGACGCCGAGGAGGCCGGGGACGGGUUCCAGCUCGUGACGCAUGGCAAGAAGAAGAAGAGGGCGGCCAGCGGCCAGGACGGCGGGAGUCCUAGCUCUGGCGCCGUUCUCGGCGCCGGGUCGGUGCGGGCGUUGACCAAGGACAAGGGAGCCGCGCCGGCGCCGGGGGCCAAGGCCAAGGUGCCCUUCCACGAUCCGAGCAUUCCCCGGCCGCAGGACGUGUACAAAAUCAUAGUGGAUAACUACAACCCGUUCGAGCAUGUCUGGCUGGAGCGCAGCGAAGACGGCACCCGACGUGUUCACCCGCUGGAAAAACUGCCUGUUGAACAGUUCGUUGGCAGAAAUAUUCCUGAGAGAGAACCAGUGAAGCCAGCUGCUUUAGAGGAUACACCAUUUACACUGGUUGAAGAUCACAAAGGCUUAGUGGAAUUAGCUAAAAAGUUGAAGGGUGUAACUGAAUUUGCUGUAGAUUUGGAGCAUAAUCAAUAUAGGUCAUUUCAGGGCUUGACCUGCUUGAUGCAGAUUUCAACAAGAACAGAAGACUUUAUUGUGGACACUCUUAAGCUACGCAUAUACAUUGGUCUCUAUUUGCAAGAACCUUUCAAGGAUCCAACAAAGAGAAAGGUAAUGCAUGGUGCGGAUCGUGAUAUAAUGUGGCUUCAGCGGGAUUUCCACAUCUAUGUGUGCAAUCUUUUUGACACAGGACAGGCUUCAAGGGUCUUACAGAUGGAGAGAAACAGCCUUGAGCACCUAUUGCUGCACUUUUGUGGAGUGACAGCAAAGAAGGAAUAUCAAAAUGCAGACUGGAGGUCGAGGCCACUGCCUGAUGAAAUGAUCAAGUAUGCUAGAGAAGAUACACACUAUCUGCUAUACAUAUAUGACUUAAUGAGACAGAGACUACAGAAGGAGUCAACAUUUGAAAAUGAUCUUCUUCUAGAGGUCCAUAAGCGCAGUAAUGAAAUUUGCUUACAGUUCUAUGAGAAGGAGCUUCUGACAGAUACGUCCUAUCUCCACAUAUACGGGUUGCAGGAACAUGAACUGGAUGCAAAACAGCUGGCUGUUGUUGCUGCUCUACAUGAGUGGAGAGAUAGUAUAGCUCGUCAGGAAGAUGAAAGUACUGGUUAUAUACUGCCAAAUAAGGCUUUAAUUGAGAUAGCAAAGCAGAUGCCUACAGAUGUUGGACAUUUGAAAAGAAUUGUGAAAUCAAAAUAUCCAUAUGUUGAGAGCAAUCUUGAGCUAAUUGCUUACACUGUCUGGAAUGCACUUAAGUAUUCUUAUGCCUAUGAAGGAAUAGCUGAGCAACUAAAAAAGGAACGGCUGGAACAGUUGGCAUUGAAAAGUGGUCAGGCCAGUGAUGAAGUGACUCCAUUGGAUGCUGACAUUGGUAGGAGUAAUUUUGAUUCAUCUGAUCAGUCUGCAAAUGUCAAUGUUGCUUCUGGCAGUGGGGCUGGUUUUAUGAGUGAAGCAGCUUUGAUCAGCAGCAUCCACCUAGAGGAUAAAACUCAAACCAUAUCCUCAGUUAGGACCUCUGAGACCUUGUCAGGCCUGAUCAGACCAGUGAAUAAGGAUGUUCUGAGCAAUAAUAUACAUCAGCAGGCUAGUCAGGACCUGAGACACACUUUAGGAGCUCUAAAAGGAAACUUGGCAUCUGGAGGACAGUCAAAUGAGCAGGCUGGGAGCAAUGUGGAGAACUUUAGAUCUUCUGUAUUUCCUUCCCAACAGUUGUCUGGUGGGGUAAAACCAUUUUAUCCAAAUGCUGGAAUGCACAGUGACAAUGUUUGGAUCCAAACAACUCAGAUGAAUGAGACAAUGCAGCUGGGCAACACACCUUACUACACACAGCUUCCAGGAUAUAGCACUGAAGUUGUAGGGAGCCGUUAUGAACCUGAAGGCUUGCAGAUGUCCGGGUACCUGUCUGGUUUUGAGCCUGGCAUUGAGUCAAUAAAUCAAAGAAGUACAGUAAUAGGACAGCCUCCUGGUAGACACAUGGAAGGAAGCUUCCAGAGUUCGAUAUUGACUGUAGAGAACGAAGACUUGGGGGUGUUUUACUUGCCCUCUGAAUGCCUCUUUGGAUUUUUGGCAUUCGGUUAACUGAAAGGUGAGAAACCCAAUAUUGACUGUAGAUGCAGGGUAUCGGAAGUGCCAUCUCAUUGCCCAUUGGCUCGUGUAAUGGAAGGACGGGACUAACAAACAAGUUCUGGUUCAAUGUUGAAUACUGGAAUCGCACCAAAAAAUAUACUGUGAUACUGAUAUUGGUACAGUGUAACACCUAAAUACAGAGACUUAGAAACAACCAGCUACCUUUGUUCUGUCCUUCCUCCCGUAUGCCAUGUCUUUCAUUUUUUUUCCUGUAUAUUUGUUUACUUGCGCUUCGUUAUCGAACUUUUGAUUUC